ACCACAGCCCGUCAAGAACCGCCAUCGUCACUGCCACUAAUCACCACUACUACCACCACGCAUCAACACCUGAUCAAAAAAACAAAAUUAAACCCAACCGACUAUCGCCUAUCCGCGGGGCCCAUAACCACAAACGAUUGCAAUCGAACGGUUAACACUUCGCCUGUGAUUGUCGUAUACGCAGCCUCACCGUGAAAUUAACCUUUCCUCUUUUACAAGAAACAAACUUCUAUGAUAUUCUAGUUUUGCUUUGCUGAGUGGUUAGAAAGAUCAAUCAAACACCUUGGAUAGAAAACAACAAAUGUAUUCAUUUUGGGUGGAUGCAGCAUGCUCGAGCAAUAAUACGAUUUCUUUGAAGUGGUUGCGUACUUGACGAUUAUUAAGCCAGCCAUUUUUUCUGACUAUAGUAGUGCUCGAUUUGUAGUCCUGCUCCAUGGGAUGGAGGGGAUCUUUUUAUUCUUUGUUUUUUCUUUUUACUCUGGUUCAGUCCACAAGGAGUUCGGUGGAAGUGUGGACGUCAUAUUUGGAUGCAGAGUUGGUUGGAAAUAUCAGCUGGCCGAUCUUCAGUGCUAGCAUAUUUGUGAUCGUUGCUAUUUUCCUAUCCAUGUACCUUAUAUUUGAGCAUUUAGCUGCUUAUAAUCAGCCUGAGGAGCAAAAAUUUCUUAUUGGACUCAUUCUGAUGGUUCCUGUUUACGCUCUUGAAUCGUUUUUAUCAUUGUUGGAUUCCAGUUCUGCAUUCAACUGUGAAGCAAUUAGGGACUGUUAUGAAGCUUUUGCAUUGUAUUGCUUUGAGAGAUAUCUGAUAGCCUGCUUAGGAGGGGAGGAAAGUACAAUUGAGUUUAUGGAAAGUCAGAGCGUAAUCACUUCUAGUAUGCCUCUUUUGGAGGAGUCAUAUUCAUAUGGAGUUGUGGAGCAUCCCUUUCCAUUGAACUGUUUUUUGAGGGAUUGGCAACUUGGUCCUGACUUCUAUUAUGCAGUGAAAGUUGGCAUUGUGCAAUAUAUGAUAUUGAAGAUGAUCUGUGCACUAUUAGCAAUGGUUCUUCAGGCUUUUGGGGUUUAUGGAGAAGGAAAAUUUGACUGGAGAUAUGGCUAUCCAUACCUUGCGGUUGUUCUUAAUUUCAGUCAAACUUGGGCCCUUUAUUGCCUUGUACAGCUUUAUUCUGUCAUUAAAGACAAGUUAGCACCGAUUAAACCAUUGGCCAAGUUUCUGACUUUUAAGUCGAUAGUUUUCCUGACAUGGUGGCAAGGUAUUGCUGUUGCUUUUCUUUUCUCAAUGGGAGCUUUCAGAGGGUCUUUAGCUCAGGAACUGAAAACACGUGUUCAAGACUACAUCAUCUGUAUAGAGAUGGGUAUCGCAGCUGUAGUGCAUCUUUAUGUGUUCCCUGCUGUUCCAUACAAGCGUGGAGAGAGAUGUGUUCGCAAUGUAGCUGUGAUGGCUGACUAUGCAUCUCUAGGAUCACCAUUAGAUCCCGAGGAGGUCCAUGAUUGUGAAAGCUACAGUAAGAUAGGACUAGCUCGUCAUGAUGAGCGAGAAAAGCGAUUGAAUUUCCCCCAGAGUGUUCGUGAUGUGGUCGUCGGUAGCGGUGAAAUUAUUGUUGAUGACAUGAAGUACACAGUUUCACACGUUGUGGAGCCGGUGGAAAGGGGAAUAGCAAAAAUAAAUAGAACCUUCCAUCAGAUCUCUGAAAAUAUGAAACGCCACGAGGAGCGGAAAAGGAACUCAAAGGAUGACAAUUAUCUUGUACCCUUGAAUUCAUGGACGGGGGAAUUUUCUGAAGCGCACGCUAACCUUAUUGAAGGGAGUGUCAGUGACAGCGGGUUGACUAAUAGUAAGAGACCUCAUAAUCAACCGAAAUCUUCUGUAUCAAGGUCAAGAACCGGCAGAUGAUAUUUUGAUGCUGCAUAUUUGGAGUAAAAUUCAAAUGGCGAUUUGGAUUCAUCAUUGGUUUCGGUUUGAAAGACAACAACAUCAACGUUGUUGGUGAGUGUUAAUAUCCACAAUUUCCUUGUCCCAGUUCCUCAUUUGUUAUCAAGGGUGACGAAUUUGGGGACAUGCUCAAUCUUUGAUAUAUUUCUAACUGAUAAAACGCACCAGAGAAGAUACUACAGAGAUGUUCGACAAUGGAAGCUGACUUAAAUCUUACUAUAAAUGUAUAGGUGUUUUAGAUAUAGUAACACUCUUCAACUCUUGGAUUUGAGAAAACAAUUCUAUUGUAUAUUCAACAAUAUGAUGAUUUAUACGUUUGAACUCAA